GCAGGACCCUGAAUAUUUAUUCAAGCAAACUUCUCGACUUUUUCUACCGUCAUUAAAUCUCCUACCCUACGUCUUGAUCACCACUUCAAACUUUCUCCCUCAACCCGACCCAAACUCUCAAAAUGCCUAUCAGCAAGAAGGACAGAAGAAACAAGGAGCACAAGCGGGCUGAUGCCGCUGGAACUCGUGCUCCCGUGAAGGCCAACGGCCUCCCUGUCAAGCCUCCUAAGCCCACCUCUAUCUGCCAAAACUGCCGCAAGGAGAUCGUUAACACGAACAAGCUCCAGCUUGAGGUGCACGCUGAGACGCACGAUGCGAAGCUUUGGCCUAAGGAGAAGUGCUGGCCCAACGAUUUCCAGUAAAUCAGGCAUUUGCUGAUGGCCAGGGCUGGCGGUGGUGUGACCACGGAUUAGGAUAGCACGCGUCGCAAGAAACGCAUCUGCAGAAACGUGUAUCAGGAGUUGGAGGGUAAUGAUAUGAUUCAUGAAUGUCUUUAGACUAACAGCAAACACAAUAAAUUCGGCGUUUCGUGUGUCAAAA